CCUCGGUUAAUUUAUUUAUAUAUGUCAAGGACAUUUAUACACGUUUACCUAGUAGUUUAUUCACACACAGGCUCGUGUCUUAUAUUUCCAUUCAUUUUGAUAUGCUUUGUCAAAACUGGGAGCGAUGAAUAAACGCUUGAACGCGCACGUGAGUGUACGCUUGCUAGGCUAACAUGUUGGCCAAUACUAUUAGCCGAUGCUAACUGUAAUUGUGACAUGUAUGGGUACAGUGAACGGACCCUAUCGGGGUUGUUUACAUAUUGUUGCGUGAUAGUGUUAUAUAAAAGUCCGAAUCGAUGUGAUAGUUGCUACAUCGCGUUGUUGCAAAACGUGUGCAAGGUUGUGUGCAGCGAGUGCGUAACGUGACUACGGAAACAAAAUACAAACGUGAACGGAUCCGCUAUUUUCAGGCAUGGCACAAGUAGGUCGCAAUUAAAAAGUUCCCAACGCCUGAAGAAGACCAGACUCCACGUUGGAGUGCCGUGCAAAUGAUUUGAACACAGUUUGUUGAUGCUCUGGUCGCUGUAGGCGGGGCGCAGGACUGAAUUUGCCGUUCCGAAACUGAAGACAACACAACAUGACUGUGGCUAAUGCAAAAUCAGGCUCAGCCAUGCAGCAGGUCCUGGAUAACCUGAACGACCUGCCCACAGGCUCGCUCGCCAAAGACAUCGACCUCAUCUUCCUCCGCGGCAUCAUGGAGAGCCACGUCGUCCGCUCCCUUGCAAAGGCCCACGAGCGUCUCGAGGAGGUCAAGUUAGAAGCAGUCCGAGAUGACAACAUUCAGCUGAUCUCUGACAUCCUGGACUCUCUCAACAAGCUGAGUGUAAAAGACGCUGCCACCGUGGAGCUCACCCAAAUCCUUCAGGGGCCUCAUUUUAAGUCUUUGAUAGAGGCUCAUGACCAAGUGGCUGCAAAGUCCUACGAGAUGCCCAACGCCGCUGCAAACUGCACCGCCACCUUGGCCAGCUGUCUCGUGCCCGCCGACGCCAUCAGGAUGAUUGGCGUCCAGAAGAAAGCCGGAGAACCGCUGGGGGUGACCUUCCGCGUGGAGCAAGGAGAAAUGGUGGUGGCGCGGAUCUUGCACGACAGCUCCAUUGACCGCCAGGGCAUGCUGCACACGGGCGACAUCAUCCGCGAGGUGAACGGCCACCAGGUGGGCGGCGACCCGCACCAGCUGCAGGAGCUGCUGAGGGACUGCAGUGGCAGCGUCACCCUCAAGGUGCUGCCAAGCUACAAGGACUCGCCAACCCUUCCACAGGUUUACCUGAAGUCCCAUUUCAACUAUAACCCGGCCUCAGACAACCUGAUUCCUUGUAGAGAGGCGGGCCUUGCCUUCUCCAAGGGAGACAUCCUUCACGUUGUGAACAAGGAGGACCCGAACUGGUGGCAGGCACGCAGCGUGGUAGGCGGAGCAACCGGCCUCAUCCCAAGUCAGUUCUUAGAGGAGAAGAGGAAAGCUUUUGUGAGGAAAGAAGGGCAUCUGUCGGCUAAAGGGAUGCUUUGUGGAAGUCUCAUGGGGAAAAAGAAGAAGAAGAAAAAAAUGUAUCUGAUGGCGAAGAAUGCGGAAUUUGACCGCUACGAGCUGCAGAUCUACGAGGAGGUCGCCAAGAUGCCGCCCUUCCAGAGGAAAACGCUGGUUCUGAUCGGUGCACAGGGUGUUGGGAGGCGGAGCCUGAAAAACAGACUCAUCGUUAUGAAUCCUCUGCGAUAUGGAACCACUGUGCCCUUCACAUCGCGCAGCCCCCGAGAAGAAGAGCGAGACGGCCAGAACUACUCGUUCGUGACGCGGCAUCAGAUGGAGCAGGACAUCAAGGACAGCCGCUUCCUGGAGCACGGCGAGUACGACGGUAACCUCUACGGCACCAAGAUCGACUCCAUCCAUCAAGUGGUGGCGGCCGGCCGCACCUGCAUCCUGGACGUCAACCCGCAGGCUUUGAAAGUGCUAAAGACUGCUGAGUUCAUGCCUUUUGUGGUCUUCAUCGCCGCUCCUGAGCUGGACACUUUGAGAAAUAUGCACAAAGCUGUCGUGGAUGCCGGACUGACAACCAAACUACUUACUGAGAGCGAUUUGAAGAAAACAGUGGAGGAGAGCGCCAAGAUCCGCCGAGCCUACAGCCACUUUUUUGACUUGAUCAUCUACAACGACAACUUGGACAAGGCCUUCGACCAGUUGCAGGAGGCGGUCGAGAGACUAUUGGUGGAACCGCAGUGGGUCCCGGUCAGCUGGGUCUACUGAUGCCCCCCCUGCUAACAUCUGACUGGACACUGGGCUGUCCUGAGCUGCUACGCCUGCCAUGUGAACGAAGGAGACACUGCACUGCACACUAUGCAAGUCACAGCACACAGAAAGUGUACUUUUUUAUUGGCAAAACUUUUUUUUUUUUUUAAUAGUCUCAUCAAAUGGAUUGGGACUCCUUUUGUGUCAUAUUUUUAAUACAAUUGCCAUGUCCUGUUAUUUAAUGUUAGUUGUCUAUUUAUUCUGGUAAGAUAAUAGAGGGCUUGCUUAUUAAUGAUACCUCACCUCAGUGUUUGCGUUUACACUUUUGUCAUCUCAUUUUGCCAGUAGUACUGUGUAGUCGUCACCAACCUUCAUUAAGGUUGCUUUUUUGCUUCCGCUUAAGUUCAGAGGAAGUUGUCCAUCAACCAUUUCCCUUACCAUCAUUGGCGGAGCUAGAAGGGGCCCCUGUAGCAGAACUGACCCCCCUAGAAAUAUGCCAGGUGCCAUACUGACGGUUGGGUAUUUUUCAAUUUUUCUGAAAACUUUCCCCCCUAUUUUCACCCGAAUCCUUAUCAAUGAAGACUUUUUUUUUUUUUUUAAGGAAAGGUUUUGAGGACCCCCUGAGAAAAUUCUAGCUCCGCCAGUGCAUACUAUGCCAAGCACAAAUUACACAAAUGUGAAUGUUGUUAACGUUUCUGUCACUCUGUGGUGCUGCAUUUGACUUAAAAAAAAUUGACCUUUGAAUUAAACAGGGUGCUGUGUUUCUGUAAACCGUCCGUCCCUUUUGAUGUGAUCCCCACUUAAACUGUUAAAACAAAUAUGAUGACUUUAAAAGUGUAUUUUACUUAUAUUUCUGAUAAGAUGUAUUUUCAAAUGUUUAAAUAAAUGUUUUUUUUAUGAUAUGAA